UCUCUUCACUGCGACUUUCUAAGACACAAAAGGGAAGAGAGACCCUCCUCCUUCUCUCUCUCUCUCCCUAUUUUUGUUUCAAUUUCCAGAAGAAAGAAGAAGACAAUCGCCAGAGAUUUGAGGAGCUCUUCUUUUCUCUCUCUCUCUUUCUGCUCCUCCUCCUCCUCCUUUGUCUGUAAACAGAUCCAAUUCUUUUUUUUUUUUUUUGUAAUCACUAUUCUUUCCAAUAAACGCCUCAAUCGGAUCAGAUCGCGGUUGAUUCCGAAAACGAGCUGCCAUGAAGAAAGUCUUUGAUCAAACUGUCAGGGACCUAAAGAGAGGGGUGAACAAGAAAGUGCUUAAAGUUCCUGGAAUUGAACAGAAGGUUCUCGAUGCUACUAGUAAUGAGCCGUGGGGUCCUCAUGGAUCACUUCUUGCUGAUAUUGCACAAGCAACCAGAAACUAUCAUGAGUACCAAAUGAUUAUGGCCGUGAUUUGGAAGCGGCUUAGUGAUACUGGGAAAAACUGGCGGCAUGUCUACAAGGGUUUAACUGUAUUGGAAUACAUGGUGGCCCAUGGCUCGGAGCGUGUCAUUGAUGAUAUCAAGGAGCAUGUAUAUCAAAUAUCGACAUUGUCCGAUUUUCAAUACAUUGAUUCCAGUGGAAGGGACCAGGGAAGUAAUGUCAGAAAGAAGUCUCAGAGUCUUGUGGCUCUUGUGAAUGAUAGGGAAAGGAUAAUUGAGGUUAGACAGAAAGCAGCUGCCAACAGGGACAAGUUUCGCAACACACCGUCAUCUGGUGGAAUGUAUAGACCCGGUUCUUAUUCUGACAAAUAUGAAGAUGAUCGUUAUGGAGGCAGGGAAGAAGAUAGGAACGGUUAUGGUUAUGGAAAGGACAAAGAAUGGGGUUAUAAGGAUGAUGACCGUUAUGGAAGAGCUGGGGAUUCAUAUAGUCGUGAUGGAGAUCGUUAUGGCAGAGAAUAUGAGGAACGCAAUGGCAGAGAAGGUUACAGAGAUGAUGAUUACCGUGGAAGAAGCCGAAGUGUUGAUGAAUACCAGUAUGGCUCUAGAAGUAGAAGCUCUGAUAGAGAGAGAGAGCGUGCAUAUGAUGAUGAUGGUCAAUAUUCAUCUCGUGGUGCUAGAGCUGAUGACCAAUCUCAGGAUGGAAGGCUAAGUAGGAAAUUUUCGGAACAGAACAUUGCUCCUCCUAGUUACGAAGAGGCUGUAAGUGAAACUCGAAGCCCUGUUCAUAGUGAGAGGGAUGGUGAACCUCCAGCAGUUUCUGCUCCCAGAGCUUCUUCUCCACCUGCAACCAGUAAUCCAAGCCAAGCAACCACUGUUCAAGCUCCUGCUGCAAGCUAUAAUCCAAGCCAAGCAACUAGUGCUCCAGUUAAUUAUGCAUCGCCUGCAAAACAGGAACCGGAGCCUUUUGAUGAAUUUGAUCCACGUGGUUCUGUUUCGGGUGGUCCUUUUGGUUCCGUUUCAGCUGCCCCAACUACUGCAAACAAUGCUGAGAUGGACUUACUUGGUUCCCUAUCAGAGUCAUUUUCUUCAAACUCAUUGGCCAUUGUGCCAACUACAUCUACUACUACUACAUCUGAAGUUGAUGGCCUUGUAAAUUCUGCUCCAGUGACCACAUUUAUGGCAACUCCUCCAGUCUCUAAUGUCAUGAAUCAGUCUUUUGAAGAUCCAUUUGGUGAAACCCCCUUUAAAGCUUUCCCUUCCAGUGAAACUGUGCAGUCUCAACCACAGACAUCCACUUCUGCAGAUGUUUUCCCGCCAACCACGAGCCAGAGUGCAGAUACAGUCUCCAACUUUCCUUUUGGGGACUCAUUUUCCGCUGCAACUUAUUCUGCCUCUGGUGUUUCCAGUGUUCAAACUCCAGCCGAUUCCCAGUUUUUACCUCAAGAUCCGUCCACUGAAGACCAGAACACUGAUAUUCUAGCCGAUAUUCUCCCACCUUCUGGAGCUUCACAGCCAUCAUUUCCAGGUUCCGCAGGUCAACCUUCACAGCCAACUGCAAAUAUAUAUGGGAACUUUCAAUCGCAGCCAGGACCUAUGGUUCCUCAGACUCAAACUGGAUUUUCUGGACAACACAGUGAUGGGGCUUUUCCAUCGCGGGGAGGACCGACAGCACCCAUCACUUCACAUGCGGCUCCUCAAAUGCCAGCAGGACAAGCUUCACAGUAUAAUAAUGGAAAUUUCAUGUCACAACAAGGUGGAUAUGCAGCUCCUAACAAUGGAAACUACUAUUCACAGCAGGGAGGAUCCACUGGUCCCAUCACUCCUUACAUUGCUUCUCAAAGUCAAACUGGAGCAGCCGCCCAGUAUGGUGGUGGAAGCUAUGUUGCGCAACAAGGUUCCGUCGCUUCACAGGUUUCUCAUCAAGCUCCAACUGGGCCAGCUCUGCAACACAACAUUGAUGCUCUGGGUAACCUUCUUCCCCAAGGAGGAUCAACUACUCUGACAUCGACAACAGGGGCACUAGCUUUAGUUGAACAACCACCUAAAGAAAACAAGUUUGAGACCAAAUCAGCAGUUUGGGCUGAUACACUGAGUAGAGGGCUAGUUAACUUGAACAUAUCUGGAGCUAAGAUUAAUCCGUUGAAUGAUAUUGGAAUUGAUUUUGAUGCCAUUAAUCGGAAGGAAAAGAGGAUGGAGAAGCAGCCAGCAACUUCUGCAACAUCUACUAUUUCCAUGGGUAAAGCCAUGGGAUCUGGUUCUGGUAUGGGCCGUGCCGGUGCAAGUGUUCUUAGGGCUCCAGCAAACCCUAUGGUGGGUUCUGGUAUGGGCAUGGGCAUGGGUCCAGGUCCGGGGAUGGGGAUGGGUAUGGGCAUGGGUGGUGGUCCUGGGGGAAUGGGCAUGGGUGGUUAUGGAGGCAUGAAUCAACCCAUGGGUGCUGGAAUGGGAAUGGGGAUGAACAUGGGUAUGAAUAUGGGGAUGGGAAUGAAUAUGGGCAUGGGCAUGCAACGGCCAACUGGAUUACCUCCCGGGUCAAACAUGCCCAAUGGUUAUAACCCUAUGAUGGGCCAAGGUGGUUAUCCUCAGCAACCAUAUGGCGGCUACCGAUGAAAUUGACCAAAGGGAACGAUACAUGUUUGGUCUGAGGAUCGGAAUGGCAAGCCCAGUUUUACUGUUAAAUUUUACACAAUUCACAUUUAGACCAAUAUUUGGUAUACGAGGUUGUAUUUGUAAACAAGAGUCUUGUAAUCUUAUAUGGCCCAGCGUGAUGUAUUUUUAUAUGUGCCCUGUAAUUUGAUUGUUUCUUUGGGUCACAAGAGCUCCUUGGUGCAAUGGUGGUGUCAGUUGUCCUGUUUUUGUAUUAGAGGAGAUAACCAUUCUCGGGUUAUUAUGUCUGUUUCCGUUAUGAGAAUAUUCUUUUUGUCACUUUUCUCCCCAGAUAUAUAGCAGUCGGGAAUAACAUGAUCACUUAUUCUUUC